AUGUCAAAGUCGCUACCGACGCAUCGUCGCGCCUGGCGCCGCACAGACGACUACUUCAAGGGCAGCCCGAAAUUGAAGCUGGUCACUGAGCCUCUCCCGCUCCCCCUCGCGCCCACAGCCGUUCUGAUAAAGGUCCACGCGGUAGCUCUCAACUACCGAGACAGUAACAUUUCUAACGGCGGGAACCCGUGGCCUGUCACUCCUAAUGGCAUUAUUGGAAACGACGCAGCAGGCGAAGUCCUCGCCAUUGGCGAUAAGGUCGACAAGUUCAAAUUGGGCGACCGUGUGGCCCCCAACACGGAUACAGAGAACUUGACCGGCC